AUGUCAUUUGGGGGAGAGGGAAUUCUAACAGAUUUAUCGAGAGAUGGACCGACACAGCCUCACCUGUAUAUACCACAAGCUUUGGCAUUUCUUAACGGGUUUAUAUUCCUAGUCUAUUACCAUCACAUGGAAUAUUGGAAUCGACCACAUCUAGUCUGGUUAUUACUGCUAUAUUGGAUUCUGUUAAUUGGUGGCCAGGUUAUCACUCUAAUCAACUUGGAUUACCAAGGAGCAACUGGUUUAGAAGUUCUACGUUUUGAUAUCUCCGUCCUACUACUGGUUAUCUACCUGUUCUAUAUAAUUCUUGAAAUCUACAUUAUUAAAAUAAAGAUACUUGGCUGUGGUCACGUAAAAGAUGAAAUUCCACGCAAUCUGCGAAAGAAAAACUUUCUUUAUUUGCAUAAAUAUACCAGUCUUAUCUCAAGAGUGACAUUCCAGUGGUUGCAUUGGUUGCUAGCCCUGGGAUACAAACGUCCGAUUGAAAUGGACGACCUCGGUGCGUUGCCUGAGGAAGACGGAGACAAGCACCAGUACAGACUGUUUCUGCGAGCUUAUGAGAACGAAAAGAUACGAGCAGCCAAGAAGAAUGUAACGCCCUCUUUGUGGAGAACCCAGUGGCAUGCUUAUGGGACUCCAAUUAUGCUUGGUGGCGUUUUGGAAUUUCUCAGCAGUGUAUUUACAUUCAUUGGUCCAGUUGCCGUCGGUGGCGUGGUGGCUUAUGCCACACGUGUCUACUACUCCACAGAUGAAGACGAGCAAUCUGUCGAUGACGGUAAACGAUAUGUAACUGUGAACGAGUUUAUCAGCAAUGGCUUUGUAUUAGUGGUUAUCAUGUUCGUCUCGCUCAUAUUAAAGUCAAUAACAUUGCAGUACAGUAUGUUUAUUAUGACACUAGAGGGUAUGCACGUACGUACAUCACUACAGAACCACGUGUAUGAGAAGUCUAUGCGCCUGUCUAGUUGGACGAUGACCGGUGGUGACAUGACUAUGGGUCUAAUUACCAACCACAUGUCUGUCGACGCAGUUUCAGUCUAUUGGUUUUACAUGUUGUCGCACCUUCUGUGGGGUAUACCAUUCCAGGUACUUUCGGAUGACCGUUUAAAAAAAUCGAACGAACUACUACAGGGGAUGAAGUUACUAAAGUUAUAUGGCUGGGAAAAAAUGUUUUGCGUAGCCAUCGAGUCCGUGCGUAAGAGAGAAGUAAGAAAAAUGAUGAAGUUCGCUGUUUUCCAGGUCGCGACAAAUUUCAUGACUCAAGCUACACCAAUGAUAGUCACGUUAGUCUCAUUUGCAGUAUAUUCCUUGGUGAGCCCCGUUCCGCUGACACCAGAGCUAGCAUUCUCUUCACUUGCGCUGUUCCAACAACUUAUUAUUCCGCUGUUUCUGCUCCCGUUGACAAUUAAUUUCACGGUAAAUGCACUCGUCAGUGUGGGCAGAUUGCAAAAGUUUUUCGUCGCUACUGAAAUUGAAGAGAAUGACGAUGGUCGACCUGUAUUGUGUUCAGCGGAACAACAAUUUCUUGAGGAGGGAAGCGAUGAUGAUGAUUUGCUGGACAUUGCUCAAAUUAAAAAUAUCCGUGGAUACAAGAAUGCAUCUGCAUACGAACGGGUGUCGCUUAUAUCACCCGAUGACAGCGAUGAUGAUGAAAAACCGGGUAAUAGUAUAUCAAACGGCGGGGGCUAUGGUGCAAUUGGCCAGACAAAGUUGUCAUGGGAACGUAAACCACACAAUGUGCUUCCAGAUAACGUAGCCGUGAUGAUGAAAGAUGGAUCAUAUUCUUGGGACGUAGAUCAUCCCAUCUGUGCUAUUAACGAUGUGAAUCUUGCCAUUCCUGCAGGAAAACUAACCAUGAUAGUUGGUUCGGUGGGCAGUGGUAAAUCCUCUCUCUUGUCCGCAAUGUUAGGAGAAAUGACAACUGUAUCAGGCACAGUGCAAUUCCAAAAGAACAUCAGAGUUUCAUACGCGGCACAAAAAGCGUGGUUACAGAAUGCUACAUUGAAGGACAACAUCUUGUUUGGUGCACCUUUCGACGUAACACGAUAUAACAGUGUGUUAGACGCAUGUGCACUGCGUCCCGAUAUUGAUAUACUGCCCGGUGGAGAUCAGACCGAGAUUGGAGAGAAAGGUAUCAACCUAAGUGGAGGACAGAAACAACGUAUUAGCGUAGCUAGGUGUAUAUACAGUAAUACUGACCUCAUAAUAUUGGAUGAUCCAUUGGCAGCAUUGGAUGUACACGUAGGACGACAACUAAUGUUGGAAGGUAUACUGGGAAUUGUGACAAAGGAAAAGAGAACUGUAAUUCUAGUUUCUCAUCAGUUGCAGUAUUUACAAUACGCAAAUAAGAUUGUAGUUAUGGACGGCGGUAAGCUAUAUAGGCAAGGAAAUCUUGACGAGAUUGCCACGGAAGACCCAGAGUUGUACGGACACUGGAAAGAAACGAUUGUGUUACAAACUGAGUCUGAACAAGAGAGUGAAGCGGAAGAGGAGAUUACUGAGUUAGAGAGAAAACAACUGAUGAAGCAAGUGUCAAUGAUUUCGGAUGACGGAACGAAACUUGAAAAAGCUGGAACAACUCUGAUAGAAGAAGAAGAACGAGAACGUGGCUCAGUAUCUUGGAGGGUCUACCUUGCAUAUUCCAAAGCAAUCACACUACCAGUGGAGGAUUUUGCAGACGACCUUGAUUAUUGGAUAGGUGGUUACGGUGGAUUAGCGUUUGUCUACAUACUGUUAACCGUAGCUGCAAAUUCAACCCACAUUCUGUCUUCUGUGAUUGCGGCCAAACGUAUCCAUAUCUCACUGCUAAAUAAUAUUGUAUUUGCCCCAAUGAGGUUCUUCGACAUUACUCCUGUUGGUCGCAUCUUAAACAGAUUUUCGAAUGACACACAGAUAAUAGACCAGAAAAUUUGGCAAAAUAUAAAUGGAGUGAUUACUACAGUAUUCCAAGUAUUCGCCGCCCUUAUAGUCAAUGCAUUGGUUACACCUAUAUUCCUGGCAUUUGUGGUUCCCAUGCUUGUCGUAUAUUAUUUUAUACAAAGUUACUUCAUUUCCACUUCAAGGGAACUUCAGCGUCUGGACAGUAUAACAAAGUCGCCAGUAUUCGCACACUUCUCUGAAACGUUGGGCGGAUUGUCUACCGUGAGGGGUUACAGGGACGAGCGAAGAUUUCGUCGACGUCUUGUUGACAGAAUAGAUAGAAAUAACAUCGCUUUUCUUUUUUUGGUCACUGUCAAUCGAUGGUUAGCAAUUAGAUUAGAUUUAGUCGGUGGACUGAUUGUUGUAGUGUCUGGAAUUGGUACUCUGAUAGCCACGUCACUGGGCAGUAUUUCCCCAAGCUUGGUUGGAUUGGCACUUUCAUAUGCUCUACAGACAUCCGGUUAUCUUAAUUGGUUGAUUCGUCAAGUUGCUGACUGUGAAAUGCAAAUGAAUGCAGUGGAACGUGUUGAACAUUACACGCACAUCUCAAAUGAAACUUACAAAGGAACCCUCGAACCUCCAUUGGAGUGGCCUGAUAAUGGCGAUGUUAAGCUCCAUAACGUGUCUGCUCGAUAUGCUGUUGACUUAGAACCAGUUUUACACGAUAUCACGGUGCAUUUCAAGUCUGGGGAAAAGAUUGGUGUAUGUGGUCGCACCGGAAGUGGAAAGUCUUCUCUUACUCUGGCCUUGUUUAGGGUAAUUGAUACAUUUAAAGGCACGAUUACAAUCGAUGGCAUUGACAUAUCCCAAGUUCCGUUAUUGACUCUUCGUAACAGAAUUGCUAUUAUACCACAAGAUCCUGUGUUGUUUUCUGGCACUAUCAGAUUCAAUCUCGAUCCACUGGAACAAAUAGCAGAUGAAAAAUUGUGGGAAGCUCUGGAAAUCGCUCAGCUGAAGCUUAUAGUUCUUGAUCUGGAUGACCAAUUAGAUGCUGAAGUGUCUGAAGGCGGCGAAAACUUCAGUGUUGGUCAACGACAGUUAUUUUGUUUGGCCAGAGCUUUUCUCCGAAAUGCCCGGAUUCUUAUAAUGGACGAAGCAACAGCAUCUAUCGAUAUGAAGACGGAUUCUAUUCUGCAAAAUGUUGUAGCGACUUCGUUUACCAAUAUAACUGUCAUUACCAUAGCGCAUCGCGUUGCUACAAUCAUGGAUUCAGACACUAUACUCGUGUUGAGUGAUGGCAAAAUAGUGGAAUACGACACGCCUGCAAAUCUAAUGAAAAUCGAGGGAAGUUUAUUUGCGUCAUUAGUGAAGGGAAAGAAAUGAACACCUACAUAAUCGACCCUGUGAACUCUAGAUGUAUGUGACGGUCAAGUGCAGUAACAAUAAAACAACUUACAAACAUUGUAAUGAAUACUAUCAGCUUACUAAUACUAUUACAUGUUUAAUUGUAUCUAAGAAUAUACCCGAGGUGAUUCCCGGAUGUAAUGUCUUUUCUACGGAUGAACAUUUGUAUGUCAUAUCAAAAUGUUGAUUCAUUGUCAAAACGUACACACACAUAGCC